CUGACCCGGGCGCAGUUUGAUGGCGUGGGGCUGGCGAGCUGCGGUCCCACCGGUGGACCUGGGGCGAAGGCCGCCUGUGUGAGAGGGCCAGUGGCCCGAGCUUGCUGUGGACACGGGGAGCGGGAAUCGGGGGCACGAGGCCUCCUUGCACUUCGCCAUGAGUUUCCUGAUCGACUCCAGUAUUAUGAUUACCUCCCAGAUACUUUUCUUUGGAUUCGGAUGGCUUUUCUUCAUGCGCCAACUGUUUAAGGACUAUGAAGUACGUCAGUAUGUGGUACAGGUGAUCUUCUCUGUGACUUUCGCAUUUUCUUGCACCAUGUUUGAGCUCAUCAUCUUUGAAAUCUUAAAAGUAUUGAAUAGCAGUUCCCGUUAUUUUCACUGGAAAAUGAACCUCUGUGUAAUCCUUCUGAUCCUGGUUUUCAUGGUGCCUUUUUACAUUGGCUAUUUUAUCGUGAGCAACAUCCGACUAUUGCACAGACAGCGGCUGCUCUUCUCCUGUCUGCUAUGGUUGACCUUCAUGUACUUCUUCUGGAAACUAGGAGAUCCAUUUCCCAUUCUCAGCCCGAAACAUGGGAUUUUGUCCAUAGAGCAGCUCAUCAGCCGGGUCGGUGUGAUCGGUGUGACUCUCAUGGCUCUUCUUUCUGGAUUCGGUGCCGUCAACUGCCCGUACACGUACAUGUCCUACUUCCUCAGAAAUGUAACUGACGCAGAUAUCCUAGCCUUGGAACGGCGACUGCUCCAAACCAUGGACAUGAUCAUCAGCAAAAAGAAAAGGAUGGCAAUGACACGGAGAACUAUGUUCCAGAAGGGGGAGGUGCAUAACAAACCAUCAGGAUUCUGGGGGAUGAUAAAAAGUGUUACCGCUUCAGCACCAGGAAGUGAAAAUCUCACUCUUAUUCAACAGGAAGUGGAUGCCUUGGAAGAACUAAGCAGGCAGCUUUUUCUGGAAACAGCCGAUCUGUAUGCUACCAAGGAGAGAAUAGAAUAUUCCAAAACUUUUAAGGGAAAAUACUUUAAUUUUCUGGGUUACUUUUUCUCUAUUUACUGUGUCUGGAAAAUUUUCAUGGCAACCAUUAAUAUCGUUUUUGAUCGAGUUGGGAAAACUGAUCCUGUCACAAGAGGCAUUGAGAUCACUGUGAAUUAUCUGGGGAUCCAGUUUGAUGUGAAGUUCUGGUCUCAACACAUUUCCUUCAUUCUGGUCGGAAUCAUCAUCGUGACAUCUAUCCGAGGACUGCUGAUCACUCUCACCAAGUUCUUUUACGCCAUCUCUAGCAGUAAGUCCUCCAACGUCAUCGUCCUGCUGUUAGCACAGAUAAUGGGCAUGUACUUUGUCUCCUCUGUGCUGCUGAUUCGAAUGAGCAUGCCUCUGGAAUACCGGACCAUCAUCACCGAGGUCCUGGGAGAGCUACAGUUCAACUUCUAUCACCGCUGGUUUGACGUGAUCUUCCUGGUCAGCGCCCUCUCCAGCAUUCUGUUCCUCUAUUUGGCUCACAAACAGGCACCAGAGAAGCCCAUGACACCUUGAACUCCUGCCUCUCACAGACUGCCACAGGCCAGUAGUGUCAGAACUUGGAUAGAAGAGAAAAAAUGGAGGGGACCAGAGCCUAACAUUCUUUAAACAACCAAAACACUGAGGUAGCAGAUUCUACCUCCAGCUUCUGCCUUCCUCCUCAGAUGAUACUGUGAUCAUGUAGCAUUAGCUGGAACACAAGAGCGUGAGGUGAACUCAGGCCAGCACUCAGCAUCCUGUGUGGGUUUGAGGCUGAUGCCGCAAUGGCGGAAGAUGGGUGGGAAAGAGCCAAGAAACUAGUUUGGAGAGAAUACAUGGGAACUGUAGGGUAAGGGGAAGUCUGAGGUAGCCGGGCCACACACACAGGAUUUCUGUCAAGGCUCACAAGGAGGAGGUGAUGGCGUUCCCUUCACACUGACAAUCAUUAAAAUCAGACUGUAACCCUUUGGCCUUAGCUUCAUUUUAUCAAGAAUAGCUUGGUAGUGUGCUUGUGUGAUCUAAUGUGAGUUGGCAUCCCCCCAGCCUACCCUGCCCCAUAAAACUAACCAACCUGGGGACAAGAUUCUACCAAGAGAAGUCCGGUGUAUCAUCUUUGUUGAUUUCCUUUUAAGUCAGUAUUAUUUGAGCGUGAAUUACUGUACAUUCAAUUUGGUGAUGACUUUUUUCUUUCCGUCUGCCCCCUCAUGCUGUGGGGUAAAACAAUGAAUAAUUGUUAACUGGAAUAAGUUCUCCUAUUCUAGCCCCUACUUUCUCCUUGUGAAAGGAAAAUAUUGGAAAAUUUAUAUAACAUUCAGAAAUGCACUUCAAGGAAAUCCGGAAUUUUACUACCAAGAAGUCUUUAAGAUCUCAUUCUGAAUUUUAUUGUGUUUUGGACUUCCAGAGGCAAAAUGAAGACGAAAGCAUAAAAGCAAGUUUACCAAAAGCAAAAGCACUGUUAAGGCUUUAGCAUCUAACAGGGAAGACUCGAGAAUACUCUAAAGGCGUUCUUACAAAACCAUAAUUUUAAUAGGCUUAUCUGCUCAGAUACUAUAGUGAACUCUCACACGUACAGAUUUCUGAAUCAUUUUUGGUGCUCCAGGAGCCUAGAAUUAAGAGAUAUCAUCAUACAAAGAAAUGUAGUUAAGUAGAAGCUCGAAGAAAAUUACUUGAUUCUGCUUCCUGCCUAAAGUUAACUAUAAAUAAGCCAUCUAGUGCAAUAUCCGCCCCAAGACAAAUGACAACCUAUGAUGACCUGGUUCCCAGAGGAGUUCUCCUCUAACCAAGACGGUUAAUGGUGGCAGCUCAUUUCUUGGGAACGGAUUCUUCGUGAACACCCAGAAACAGCCGAAGCCAUUACUUGCUCUCAUCACAUCUCUGUAUCUUCAGAGUUGGAAGAAGAAUGUGAGGCUGUACUGUGCGCCUGUGCAAAAGAAAACAAAAGGUCUGUGAGUGCGAGUGUGAAUGUCACCAGUUGGAUGACUUAAGGCAGGGAGUAGAGUCCCUCGCUAGAAGCCAGGUAACCUGAAUUUUACACUUGGCUUUGUUUCCAGCUUGCUUUCUGACACUAACCAAUUUCUUAAUGCCUACAUAUCUUUUCUAUAAAGCUAUCAUAGUCCAUAAUUGACUUGCUCUAGAGCCAUGACUGAAUUUUUUAAAGACCACUGGAAUGCUUUCUGUGUUAAGCAAUCAAGAAUGCAAGGUCAAUGGCUAUUAUGUGUGUUGUGGUCUGAAUGUAGGUCUCCAAAAUUCAUAUACUGAAAUAUUAAUCCUAAGAUCAGGUGACAGUAGUCGGAGGUAGGACCUUGGGGAGGUGAUUAAGUCACGAGGGCAGAGCCCUGGUGACUGGGUUUAACGUCUCAUAAAAGAGACCCUCCCAGACCUCCCCAUCCCCUCCUACCAUGUGAGGACAUAGCAAGAAGUUGGCAGUUUGCAACCUGGAAGAGGGCCUUCUCCAGACCCCAGAGCUGCCAGUGCCCUGAUCUUGGACUUGCCAGCCUUCAGAACUGUGAGGAAUAAAUCCGUGUUGUUCAUAA